AUGUCAUCAGAAUCAACAAGGUCGGGUGCCAGUAGCGGUGGACUGUUGGGGAAGUGGAUAGAGGCAUUAUUGAAGAAUGGGGGUUCGCCUCCGACGAAUCCUAAAGACAUUACGGAUGAAUUGAGAAAGAGUUUGUUAGAAGCAUGGGAGAUUUUGAAAAAAUGGUUGAUGGACCAGGAGUCAAAUGAAAUAGGACGAAUGUGUGAUGGAGAAGUGGAACGGCGGGCGUCCCUGGGGGAUAGGAAUAUGAGGCAGCACUACCUGAAGGUACUAUGCACGGGUGUUGCCGAAAUAAAGUAUUUCAUUAAUGGUGUAAAAACAGAAAGGGACCGUCCCGAGAGCGGAACUGAUAAGACAGAACCAACUGUUGAAGCGUUGGAUGCAGCAAAAUCUUAUGCACGUUGUAUUGUCGGAGCAGUGGCCCUGUCCGAAAUCUAUGGAGAUCAUUGUAAACUGCGGGAAGUAGUUGGGACAGUGGAAUCAGAAGUGGACGCCAAAUUAAUGAAACAUCUGGAGGCCCACGCAGGUGGGCGCGUAAUGAAUAAAUGUGAAGGCAUGAAUCCGAUCGCUCUAAUGCUUGGUAAAGCACUUCUGCAGGAAAAAAUAAAACAAUGGACACAGGAAAAGAGGGACGCAAAGAGGGGCAAGGGGGAGGGAUGGAGGGUUGGAAUUUUGCGGGAAAGAAUGGGAAGGUAUUGUACUCGAAAGAACAAUCCGCCUGCAGAUAAAUUGCAGGCGAAGAGGGAGCAGAGUUUACAGGAGAAUAAAGGCAGUAUGGUAUCCUUCUUAGGAAUGAAAGAAGAUGACAAGAAGGACAGAACUGGUGGUUUGGGUAUAGCUGAUCUACUAGCAGAUAUAGAUGGUAAAUACAAAUUAACGGAGAAAGACUUGGGGAAAGCAUUGAAAUCAGGAGUGCAGGGCGACGGUACUUUCCAAGUGGACAAGGCAAUAGAGAAUUUAACGAAUGCAUCUGAGGCAAAACUAACUGAGGAAUGCAUGAAGGACAGCAGCAAGGAGUCAUUUUGUGAGCGCCUAAAAUGUGCAGAAAAACAUUGGGAAUUGACGAAACAGCAGAGCAACAACGACAAAUUCUGGGACAACUAUGUCAAUGACGAAUUGCGCAAUCUCUUUAAUUGGGGAACUGAUAUUAAUAGUCGCACCGCACGUGAUAAUUGCGACAAGGGCGAUUCCCUAAAUAGUGCAAAUAAAGAAGCUUGCAAACACAUUACAGCUAAAUUAGAAGUUAUGUACCGAAAGGCAAGUGGCAAACAUCAAUUAUCUGAUCAAAUUAUACAUUGUCUUAUGUUAAAAGCUUAUGCUGAAAAAUUAAAAGAACAAGCAAAGCAAAAAGGAUAUUGUGACAUACAACCUGGCAUAACAAAAGCUUUUAGCGCAGCAGACGACAUUAAAGAACAACAUUGCAUAAAUAAGGAACUUUGCAUUGUUUGCAACCUUGACGACUAUGACAAACUUAAGGAUUGCCCUAUUGACAAAAAUAAAGGGGACAAAGUAAAGUCUAAAGUGGAAUCAAUGCUCAACACCAACAGAAAAACGCAGGAUCCCAAAAUAGAACAAACCUUGGCUGAGUUCAAUAAGGACAAUUCCUUAUGUGAACGUAUACAAUGCGCAGUGAACUGGUAUAAGGACACCAAGACGAGUGGACAGGAUGAACUUUGGACAACGCAUGUCCAACAGCUGUGGACAGAACUGUCCGCAGCAAUGACACAGAAGGGUACAGCAGAGAAAGAAGAAUGUAAAACAUUGCAAGAUGGAAGUACGGCAUCUCCUUCUGAGAAGACGGCAUGCAAAUAUUUGCAUGCCGGCUUAAAGCAUCUGUAUACGACGUCGCCGACAGGCGACGUCUUAAAGAACAACCAAUCGUUGAGACAAGCGAUGGGUUGUUUUUUACUUCAUUCUUAUGCAAAAAUAAUGAAAGAAAAAGCAAUUUGUAAUAUUGAAAAAGGGAUAAGCAGAGCUUUCGAAUUAGGAAAGAAACUCAGUAAUGAUAGUAAUAAUGCUAAUUGCAGUGGUGCCAAGGGACCUUGUGUCCCUUGCAAAUGGGAUGAAAACAUCCUUAGCACUUGCAAAAUUAACACAAAUGGAAGCGCUGACCCAGAUUCGAAGGUUGAGGACAAAUUGAAGGGCAUCGUAAAGGAAAACAAUGACGCUGUGGUGGCAGCUGCACAUAAAAUGAAUGAAGUGAAGGACUUAUGUGAUCGUGUCCAAUGCAUAUCUGAAAGAUGGUUAAAACAGAAACAAGCAAGCAAUGGCAAAAGUGGUCAACCUCUGACAAAAAGGGACUGGAAGGAUGCAUGGGAAGAAGUCAAAAAGGAAGCUGCCACACUUGGCGGCGCUCUCAAGGAGGCAACAUCUAAUGAAGAAAAAAAGAAAAAGGUUGAAUCUUUCUGCAGCAGUAUAAAGGACGAUAAGGAUGGAAAGGAGGCUUGCCUCCUUAUAGCAGCCGGCUUAAGAAAUCUCUACGACAUCGAGGAUAAGGGCAACAACUCUGUUGAUGCAUCGUUCCAAAGAACGAUGCGUUGUGUUCUAUUAAAUGCCAUUGCAGAUAAAAUGCGGAAAAAAUUGCCAUGUAGAGAGGAAAGGAGUGUAUUGGAAGGGAUAGAUAAGGCAUUUGAGAAUAGUGCAAAAAUUAAGGAAAGUAACGGUUGCAGGGAUGAUAAAUGUUUUACGUGUGAGAGGUUUAGGGGCUAUAAAAAUUGCGCAAUUAGAGAAAAUAGCACCGAAUUGGAAAUAACGCCGUUAAAGAAGAAAAUUGACCCACUCCUCAACGAAAAUAAGGAUGCUAGUAGUAGUAGUAGUAGUUCCUUAACGGUGGAAUCUCUAACGAGGACCAUAUGUGGUGGUCAAUGCAAAAAAAUGGGUAGUUUGUGUGGUCGUGCACAAUGUGCAGGAGAGCAGUGGCUUGAAGACAGGGGAAAAGACAAGGAUCAGCAAACUGACAGGAAGGAAAUGUGGACCGAAGUCCAAAAGGAAGUCACCAACCUUGUCACAAAGGUAUCUGACAAUGGGGGCAGGGACACCGAUACAGACAGUCUGUGUGAUUCCGUUCAAUGCCCCAAUGAUGGUGCAGCGGAUUGUGUAAGCAAAACAACAUGCAAACUUAUUGUUAAAGCACUAAAGGACAUACAUCAAAUCAAGAAAGAAGACGGAUCCGCUUUUGAGGGGGUCAAAUUGAAUGACCGAAUAUUUAAAUCUACCAUGCGUUGUGUAGCACUCAAUGCGUUUAUACACACAUUAAAGGAACAUGCGAGAAAGGGUGGUUACGGCUGUGCUGUAGAGAAAGGAAUAAAGGAGGCCUUCCUUAAGGGGGAGGAGCAGAAUAAUCUAAAUAAGUGGUGUAAGGAUAAUGGCAAUGAGGUUGGUUCAUGUGAGCCGUGUGAGGAAAGAUUGUGUUUUGGUACUAAAAUUGGGAAGGAUGAUAAACUAUGGUCCAAAGUGAUGGAGAAGUUAAACACUGACUCCACCAUCAUCAACACCAAAAUACAACCAACAUUAUCAGAAAUAAAAGAAAGGGUCACCUUAUGUGAUCGCGUGAACUGCAUAGCGAAGUGGUACCAUAAAAAAAAGGGACAGGGGAAGGGACAGGAAAAAUUCUGGAAGGAGGAGGUCAAGGCAUUGUGGGAUGAGUUGGCAGGAGCAAUGAAGACAGAUGGGGGUAACGGCACUAGUGGAAAUGGAUGUAAUCAAAUGGAUGAUAAUGGGAUUAAUAGUACUAGGGAUGCCACGAACCCCGAAAAGACGGCAUGCAAUUAUUUGCAUGCCGCCUUAAAACAACUGUACGAACCGAAUGCUUCGCUGUCAACAGGAAACAGUGGUAUCUUGUCGAAGGAACACCCAUCGUUUAGACGAACGAUGGGUUGUUUCUUACUUCAUGCUUAUGCAAAGAAAAUGAAAGACGAAGCGAAAUGUGAAAUAGAAGCAGGAAUUAAGAAGGCUUUCAAAAUUCGGGAAGAUCUAAUUGCUAAUGGUAAAUGCACGAACAGUAAUGGUUCGUGCAUUCAAUGUAAAUGGGAUGAAAAUUUGGACAAAUGCAAUGUGACCAUUGACAAAACCUCUGUCAAUGUAAAGACCAAAGUGGACCCAAUACUCAAGGUCGAUGAGCAAAACAUGAAGACCGUCAUUGAAAACAUAAAUAAAAUGCAAACCUUAUGCGAUUACAUUAGAUGCGCCGGACCCAGGUGGUUCAAAAACGGCAUGCAGGGUACUACUAACAAGAGUUGGUGUGACUUUUGGGAGAAGGACGUCAAAACAGCACUGGAGAUGAUGUUCGAGAAGAUCGAUUCCGAUGGAAAGGAGAACGAUAAUGCUGCAUGCAAUGAUUUUGGUGAUGGUAAUAAACAUAGUGUUGAAAGAAAAGCAUGUAAUCAUAUCGCGGCAGGAUUAAACUACAUUAACAAUAUUCAAGGUAUUGACAACGGCCAGUCGAAUCCAACUGCAAAAGAAGAUGACAAGUUUUUUAAACAAUCUAUGAUGUGCGCAGCACUUAAUUUUUAUGCAGAUCAAAUAAUUAAAAAGUCUCAAGAUAAAUGUCCCAUUGAUGAGAUAAAAAUAAUAGAAAUGUUCAUUUAUUGGAAUGCAAAUAAUAAAACUUCGUGUCCAAACUCUGGUAGUGGUGGUAGUAAUAAUAACUGUUUCGUUUGUGAUAGGGUAAAAGAUUCGGACUUCAAUUGCAAACUAAGUGUUGACAGCUCUUUAAUUAGUACAACACCACCGUCACCACGAAGUGGACAAAAUUGCCCUUCUAACGACGACAAAAAAGAAGUCCAAAAACAAAUGAACGAACUCCUCGAUAAAGAAUCCAAGGUGGGUGGAACAUUAUCCACCAUAAAUAAAAUGACUACUUUCUGCUCUGAACUCCAAUGUGCAGCCAAACAAUACGGAAAAAUUAAAAAAGGUACAGGCCCAAAUAGAACAGUGACUUGGAACAACAUCGAAGGUGACGCCAAGGGCGUCUUAAAGGAACUUAUACAACAUAUGACGAAAGAACAGAGUCAAUCGGACGUUCACAAAUACUGCAAUAAUGACACUGAAUGGAGUAAACUUGGCCAUAAACAAAGCAAAACAAAUAAAGCAGCUUGUUUACUUUUUGCUGCAGGACUGAAGCACAUUUAUGGCCGUCCCAACGGCCAAAAGAAGGGCCCUGUUAAUGGCCCAUCGUUUGAACAAACGAUGGGUUGUUUAUUUCUUAAAGAAUAUGCAAAACAAUUAAAAGAAAUGGCAGAAGAACAAAAAAAGUAUAAGGUACAUCCUAAAUGUAGUGUAGAUGAGGGCAUAAAUCACGCUUUUAAUGAAAGUGAAAACAUUAUGAAGAGUGUAUUACCUCAGUGCGACAAGAAUGGUAGUAAUAAUUCUUGUUUUGUAUGCACACAAAACGAUUAUAAUAAUUGCCAAAUUGGCAAUACCAAUGUAAAGACCAAAGUGGAAUCAAUCUUCCAAGACGAACCGAACAAAAACCAUAUGGAAAAAACAUUAGAGAAUACAGUCUGUCCCAUCCUUCUUACGGAUCUCCUUACCCCUUUUCUUCCUUUGGCUCCUGUCUCUAUUGGCCUUUCUGCUAUGGCUUAUUACCUUUGGAAGUAUUUUGGUCCUCUUGGUAAAGGAGGACCACGUUUCAGAAGAUCUCCUGCUGAAAUUCUUGGUCCAUCAGUACAGGAACAAGUCCUUGAUCAUGUGCAACAAGAUAGUUCACAUGAAUAUCGAUUGGUGAAGGAACGAAAACCUCGUUCUGCUCCAACGAGAACGAAACGUUCUGGUCCCGUGAAUCGCCGCACGAUUAUUGAAAUUCAUUUUGAAGUGUUGGAUGAAUGUCAAAAAGGGGACACACAGUUGAACCAAAAGGAUUUUCUGGAACUUUUGGUUCAAGAGUUCAUGGGAUCCGAAUUUAUGGAAGAAGAACAGGUUCCUAAGGAAGAAGUUCUUAUGGAAGGGGUUCCUAUGGAAAGUAUUCCUUUGGAGCAGGUUCCAAUGGAACGUGUUCCAAGUUUAGGUUCCGGGUUACUGGUUUAA